GGGGUGCAAACCGCAAAUCCACUCCUCUCCGUCCGAAACGAGAGGCCUUUACUCUACUCCCCUCUACGACUCGCUCCGCCUCCCGUUGUCCCCUGCUCCGCUCCGCUCCUCCCCAUUUCCUGCCUUCGUUGCUCCCCAGUCCACAGGGCAGCACCGGAAGCCCGAACCCCACCGCGCCGGUGACUAUGAACGCGGGCGGGCGCCGGCGCUACACCUCGGAGCAGCUCCUCUUCGACGUCCCCGCCAAUGCCGCAACGGCGGGCGGUGCCGGCAGGUGGACCCAGCGCGGCGGGUUGCGCCGCGGGGACGGGGAGAUCUUCGUGUCGGUGGACCCGGCGACGCCGGCACGGCUGCGCGGAGGGGACGCGGCGGCUGGGGAGUCUCCGGGGCAGAAGCACCAGCUCAGCCCCGGGCUGCUCGACCUCCACGCCUUUGAUACCGAGCUUAUCCCCGAUUUUCAAGUACAAGGAAUGUAUGAUGGUGCUGAAAAGUUUGGUUAUGCCAAUGGAGAAGGCUUUGAUGAUUCGGAUAUGAGCUUUGGUACAGACAAGAAGAUGAGCAAGUCCGCUGUUUUUGCUGAAAGUAACUACCUCAAGGCCUUCCCUGAGAAAGAGAAGGCAGCCCCUGUUGCUAAAAUCAAAGUGGUGGUGCGCAAAAGACCUCUGAACAAGAAGGAGAUAUCAAAGAAAGAAGAAGAUAUCAUAGACAUUGAACAAAAUUCUUUGACUGUCCAUGAGACUAAACUUAAGGUUGACCUCACUGAGUAUGUCGAAAAGCAUGGAUUUGUGUUCGACGCUGUUUUGGAUGAGGACGUUUCAAAUGAUGAGGUUUAUCGUGAAACAGUGGAACCAGUGGUUCCUGCUAUUUUUAAUCGUACAAAGGCAACUUGUUUUGCAUAUGGACAAACCGGUAGUGGAAAAACCUACACCAUGAGACCACUUCCUCUAAAGGCCUCCCAAGACAUUUUGAGAUUAAUGCACCAUACAUAUCGUAAUCAGGGGUUUCAGUUAUUUUUUAGUUUCUUUGAGAUCUAUGGAGGGAAAUUAUAUGAUCUGCUUAAUGAAAGGAGUAAACUUUGCAUGAGAGAAGAUGGAAAACAGAAAGUUUGCAUUGUUGGUUUACAAGAGUACAGGGUGUCUGAUCUUGAAACUAUCAAGGAGUUGAUUGAGAGAGGUAAUGCCACCAGAAGUACUGGUACAACUGGUGCAAACGAGGAGUCAUCACGAUCUCAUGCCAUUCUUCAGCUUGCUAUCAAACGGCGUGUUGAUGGCAAUGAGUCUAAACCACCCAGAUUGGCCGGCAAGUUGUCGUUUAUUGACCUGGCUGGCAGUGAGCGUGGUGCUGAUACAAAUGAAAAUGAUAAACAAACAAGAAUUGAGGGCGCUGAGAUCAAUAAAAGUUUACUUGCUUUAAAGGAAUGCAUCAGAGCACUUGAUAAUGAUCAGAAUCAUAUUCCCUUCCGUGGUAGCAAGUUGACUGAAGUUUUACGAGAUUCAUUCAUUGGAGACUCACGCACUGUCAUGAUUUCAUGCAUUUCCCCUAGUUCUGGCUCUUGUGAACAUACACUGAACACAUUGAGAUAUGCUGAUAGAGUGAAGAGUCUGUCAAAAGGAAGUAACAGCAAGAAAGAUGUGCCUUUGGCCGCUGCACCUUUACGAGAGUCGAGUCCUUCACCAUUGGCUUCGGUUGUACCCUCUUUCUCUGCAGCUGAGGUAAUGAAUGAUAUCACUGAAAGGGGUAAGUUUGGUUGGCCCAAGCAGCAGUAUGCCAAAGAACAGCCAUCACCAUCGUUUGUGGAUAGAAUGCCCAAGGGUAGGGAAGACACUGAGUUCAGUUCGGCGAAUAGUGGUUAUUUCAAUGAACAAAGAAGCAGAGGCAUUGCGGCAGCAGGUAUAGCCGUGGUACCAGAUACAAUGUACCAGCAAGGAAGGCAACAUGCACGGAAGGGUAGAGAUCCAGCUUUGGAGAAUAAUAUGAGAAAUUCUGUUGCUUACCCAAUUAGAAGGGCUGUGCCAGACGAAGAUGACCAUCUGAAUGACCUCCUUCAGGAAGAGGAAGAUUUAGUGAGUGCUCACAGAAAGCAGGUGGAAGAGACCCUGGAUAUCAUUAAAGAGGAGAUGAACUUACUAGAUGAAGCAGAUCAGCCUGGCAACCAACUGGACGACUACGUUACAAGACUAAGCGGUAUCCUCUCACAGAAAGCUGCUGGAAUUGUGGAUUUACAGGAUCGUCUGGCACAGUUCCAGAGGCGCUUAAACGAGAAUAGCGUGCUGCUAUAUUCCGAGUGCCCUUGAUCACAAGAGCGGCCUAUUCGUCGCUACUCCGUCUCCGAGGGUAAUGAGGAAGUUGGGGACAGAGGCAGCAGAGUCGAUCUGCCCCCAUGAGCUCUGCCCCGAUGCGGUCUCGCCUUUGCGAACGCUGGUGCGCCGAUGCAGUUCUGAACCCAUAGAUGCGGCAAAUGCAGAACUAGGUGGCUAGUUGACUGCUGCUUGCCGUGGCCGACUCCGUAGCAUAUUUGGGGCCAGUUCUUUUGGGCUCGCCCCCCUCCCCAGCUUUUCUCAGCAUCACUACUCCAUAUAUUUUUUACAAUCCUAACUAAUUAGAUCUUAACUAGAUAGGAUUGUAAAAAACAUAUGGAGUGGCGAUUCUGGGAAAAGUUGGGAAGGGGGGUGAUUCUGGAAGAAUCGCCGAAAAGAACUGGCCCUUGUACCCGAGUCGUUCCAUUGUGUGCGUGUGCUUCGUACUUCCGUUCAAUCCAUGUGUAUGUAUAUCCGCGUCACAUGAGUACCCUGCUAUUUGUUCAUCAACAAAUAUGCUGUUUUUUA